UGCUAUCGCGUCCGAGUUCAGAACACACAAAAACACAUGCCAUGCCGUGUCCGUCCUGUCGCUGCAACAGCGGCAGCAUCGUCUUCCUCCUCGUCGAGGUGGUGGCGAUCCUUUUCACCGGAGCGACGUCCAAAGACACCACGAAUCCAUUCACUUCGCUCGACUGCCCCUCGCCGCCACCCUCGGCUUCGCCGUCGCCACCCUCAUCAGCGAUCAACAGCACGUUCCAAUCCAACGUGUUGGCGCUCCUCGACGACCUCCCUUCCGCCGCCGGCCCCACCGGGUUCGCCUCCCUGUCCCGCGGCGAAGGCGCCGACCGCGCGUUCGUCCGCGGCAUGUGCCGCGGCGACUCCACGCCGGACGACUGCGCCACCUACCUCCGCAGCGCCGUGCUGGACAUCAACGGCCACUGCAACUCCAACCGCCGAGCCGCCAUCUGGUACGACAAGUGCUUCCUCAGCUACGCCGACACCAACGCAUCCACCGCCUACGAGAACAGCUACCACGCGGAGCUCUACAACGUCAACAACGUCACCGACAAGGUCGGCUUCGAGAGGACGUACUACGCGCUGAUGAGCCGCCUCAGGGCGCGGGCCGCGAACGACACGGCGCGGAUGUUCGCCGCGGGAGAGGCGGUGUACGACCCCGGCGCCGACAACGGGACGAUGUACGGGCUGGUGCAGUGUAUGAGGGACCGCACGGCGGCGGAGUGCGACCGGUGCUUGAACGACUCGGUGCAGCAGCUGCCGAGCUGCUGCUGGGGACACCAGGGUGGGGUGGUGCUCGGCUACAACUACUACGUACGCGUCGAAAUAUACACCUACUACGAUCUCACCGUCGAUGCGCAGCCGCCGUCUCCCGGCCCGUCGGCCUCCAGCUCGAAGCCGUCUAUCGGAGAAGGGCAGGGAAAGAAGGGGACAAAUGUGAUUGUUGCCACCACAGUUUCUAUUGGAACAAUACUACUAGUGGCUGUCUUUAUUGCCGUUUUCAUCUACAGGAGAAAGACAACGAAGACAAUGAUACCACCAGACAACACCGGCAAUGAGGAGGACAAUGACUAUGUUGACCCACCGACCCUUAACUUAACAGUGUUGAGAGCUGCAACAAGGAACUUCUCGGCAGAAAAUAAGCUGGGAGAAGGAGGUUUCGGAGAAGUUUUUAAGGGUAUACUAGAAGACGGGGAAGAAAUAGCAGUGAAAAGGCUUUCGAAGACCUCCUCACAGGGGUUCCAUGAAUUGAAAAAUGAACUCGUGCUAGCUGCCAAGCUCAAGCACAAAAAUUUGGUGCGGUUACUAGGUGUUUGCUUGCAGGAAGAAAAACUACUUGUGUAUGAAUACAUGCCUAAUAGAAGCCUAGAUACCAUCCUUUUUGAGCCUGAGAAACGACAACAACUGGAUUGGAGAAAAAGGUUUAUGAUCAUUUGUGGAAUUGCUCGAGGCCUUCUAUAUCUGCAUGAAGAGUCUAGCCAGAAGAUCAUAGAUAGGGAUCUGAAGCCAAGCAAUGUCCUAUUAGAUGAGGAUAUGAUCCCCAAGAUCUCAGAUUUUGGCCUUGCCAGGGCUUUUGGUGGAGAGCAAUCGAAGGAUGUUACAAGACGCCCUGUUGGAACCCUUGGGUAUAUGUCGCCGGAGUAUGCCUACUGCGGGCAUGUCUCCACUAAGUCAGAUAUGUUCAGUUUUGGGGUCAUUGUUCUUGAGAUGGUGACCGGUAGAAGGAGCAACGGGAUGUAUGCUUCCACCAAGUCAGAUACUUAUGAAUCUGCCGACUCCACGUCUCUACUGAGCUACGUAUGGGAGAAAUGGAGGACACGAUCCCUAGCUGACGCAGUGGACGCGUCGUUGGGUGGCCGAUACCCUGAAAACGAGGUCUUCAGCUGCGUGCAGAUUGGGCUACUGUGUGUCCAAGAGAAUCCAGCCGACAGGCCGGACAUUUCAGCUGUGGUGCUAAUGUUGAGCAGCAAUUCCACGUCGCUGCAGACUCCUUCUAAGCCGGCGUUCUUCUUCGGCUCUGGCAGCAUCGCAAGCUUGGAUGCUGCUGGUGGACAUGCAUUUUUCGGUGGCCGGGGUUCAGAAGUUGCGGCCAUCAGCAGUAACAAGAUGUCCAGUAACCCCGUUUCAGAGAAUGAGGUCACGAUUUCAGAGCUUCAACCGAGGUAGAAGAACAAAUGCGUCUGCAUCAAUUGUCAGUAUUCAGGACACUUGAUGUCCCCCGAAUAUCGGUGGUAAUAUGGCAAUAAUGUCCAACAGAUAAGUUAGUGUUCAGCGUAUAAAUUAUUACACUAAAGCCUCUCCAAAUCUCUCUAAGAAUGCAUUCCCGGUAUGAAACUAAUGGAAAAGCUAUAAUGAUAUCGAUUAGAUCGCACAUUUUGAUAUUGGAACUACUGAAAUCCUUCAAA